UAUAUAUGUGCAUGUAUGGUGUUGUAUAUAAGCACAUAACUGCUGGGGGUUUUCCAUAAGUUUUGGUUUUUGAAAGAAACAACAAUGGGGCUCAAACAAAUGCUUAUUUCUCUUCCAUGCAUUAUCUUCUUUCUUGCAUGCAUUUUCUUGGGUUUUCUACAAACUACUUUAGGUUCAGCAGAAAGGGCAACUUAUGUUGCUCAUAUGGACAAGUCUUUCAAGCUUGACUUCCACCCUACCCACCACCAUUGGUACUCCUCCAUUGUUGACUCUCUCAACAAUGGCAAUGAUCCUUCCUCAUCAUCAUCAUCACUUCUAUACACUUACGAUACCGCUAUUCAUGGCUUCAGUGCAACUCUGUCUCUACAAGAAUUAGAGAUUCUAAAGAAGUCCCCAGGAUUCGUCUCAGCUUACAAUGACAAAAUCGCCAUGGCCCACACAACCCGCUCCAUAGACUUCCUCUCCCUCAACCCCUCCACUGGUCUAUGGCCUGCUUCAAACCACGACGAAGAUGUCAUCAUUGGUGUCAUUGAUUCCGGCGUCUUUCUGUAGAGUGAGAGCUUCAAAGACGAUGGAAUGAUUGCAAAAAUUAAAGGAAUUUGCGGAAGGGAAGAGUUCAAUUCAUCCAUGUGUAACAAUACGCUCAUAGGAGCUAGAUACUACAACAAGGCUGCCAUUGCUCAAAAUUUCACCAUCAAUAUGAACUCUCCUCGGGACAUUAGUGGGCAUGGGACUCACACAGCUUCCACAGCUGCUGGGAACUAUGUGGAAGAUGUUUCUUAUUUCGGCUAUGCUAAAGGGACUGCAAGAGGUGUUGCACCACGCUCAAAGGUGGUCGUUUACAAGGUCUUAUGGGGUACUGGGAUAGGCAAAGGCUUUUCCGCUGAUAUUACAGCAGCCUUAGACCAACCUAUUGCUGAUGGAGUGGAUGUUAUCUCAGGCUUUAUAGAAUUCGGUGAUGCACAAUUGUAUGAGAAUUCAUUAGCAAUAGCUUCUUUUGCUGCCAUGGAGAAGGGUGUGGUGGUUUCUGCUUCUGUAGGAAAUGAUGGCCCAGAUCUUAGGACUCUGACCAAUGACAUUCCAUGGGCCUUGACUGUUACUGCAGGGUCAGUAGACCAAUCAUUUGGUGGGACACUAACCUUUGGAAACGGACUGAAUCUAGUGGGGUGGACCUUGUUUCCAGCAAAUGCCAUCGUUGAGAACUAUCCUUUAAUAUAUAACAAAACCUUCUCCGCAUGCAACUCGUCCAAAUUGUUAUCGGAUUCUGCCCCUCAAGGGAUCAUCUGUGAUCAAACUUGGCCUGUUCUUGAUCAAAUCCAACAUGUCACCAUGGCACAGUUGUUUGGAGCAAUAUUCAUCUCAAACUCUUCUGAAAUAUUAUUUGAAUUGGGAUAAAUUACAUGUCCCGGUGUUGUGAUAAGCCCACAGGAUGCAUACCCUGUGAUCAAAUAUGCAGAAAGUAGUGAGAAUCCUUCCGUGAGCAUCAAGUUUCAAAAGACCUUUGUUAGGACAAAGCCUGCACCAUUAGCCGCCAUGUACAGUUCGAGAGGUCCUUCUCUAAAUUCCCAACACAUCAUGAAGCCGGACAUAAUGGCACCCGGGACUAGAAUUUUGGCUGCCUAUGUUCUAACUCAACAAUCAGGAGUAAUUAGAUCCAAUGUGUUUUUCCCAAGCAACUACAAUUUAUUAUCUGGGACAUCAAUGGCUUGUCCUCAUGCUUCUGGUGUGGCAGCAUUACUAAAAGGCGUACAUCCUGAGUGGAGUCCGGCUGCAAUUAGAUCAGCCAUGAUGACUACAGCCAAUCCAUUGGACAAUACUCAAAACACAAUUCGUGACAAUGGAAAUCGUUUGGAAUUCGCUUCGCCUUUAGCUAUUGGAUCAAGUCACAUUGAUCCUAACAGAGCAGUUGACCCAGGUUUGGUAUAUGAUGCAACUCCACAAGACUAUGUGAAUCUGCUUUGCUCCAUGAAUUUUACCAGUAACCAAAUCUUAACCAUCACUAGAUCACGAGCCUAUAAUUGUUCCAACCCAUCUUCUAAUUUGAACUACCCACCUUUUAUUGUUUAUUAUGAUAACCAAACAAUAUCAAGGACUCAGAAGUUUGAUAGAAUUUUAACUAAUGUGGGAGACAGUGUUUCACAAUAUAAGGCUAAGGUGGCAGCUCCAGUGGGUUCUGAAGUAAUUGUUUCACCAGACACAUUAGUCUUUGGGAAGAAGAAUGAGAAACAAAGGUACUGUCUUAUAAUAAAAUAUGGAAGCGAUGAGCAAGGAAAAGAAUCGUUUGGAGAAAUUGUUUGGGUUGAAGAAAACAGAAACCACACUGUGAGGAGGCCAAUUGUUGUAUCCCUGUUUAUCUGAGUUCUUUAGACAUGAGUUGUGUAUCAUUCAAAAUAAGAUCACAUUACAUGGUUAUGUUGAAUAAGUGAUCUUUAGAUAAUCCAUAUUGCAGGCCUAAUUUUUGCUUAUCUUUCUACAAUAAAAUGGAAAAAAUUUCCCUCUUACUUUUGAUAAUGAUCUGUUUUUCUCUAGCUUCUAGGAUUAUGAUAGAGCUAGCAAUGGCUUAAAUGACUUAAAUGAUAAGAUAUAUAUCAUGUGGCAUGAAAAUGACUUAAUAGCAUUACAUUUGUC